CCUCGGGCUUCCCAGCUUUGCAGAUCCAGGGGAGAACCUACAUAAACAUAUUGGUGAUGUAGCCAGCUCUCAAGGCCAAGAGAAUCCUCAUGGAUUCAGGAGACUGGUUUUUUAUUUAGGUUUUUAUUUUUUAUUUUUGUUGGAAGAUGAAAUGCUUCUCUCGUUACCUGCCUUACAUCUUCAGACCUCCGAAUACCAUCCUCUCUUCCAGCUGCCACACGGAAGGCUCGGACCAUGGUGCAGUCCCUCCGGCUCCCCUGCCCCCCUCUCCUGUGAGACUGGCUGCGGGGAGGGAUCAUGGAUACUUGUCUGCCGGCUUCUGGUUCCCACGCGAGUAAGCCUGCUGUCAAUGGAGGAGGACAUUGAUACCCGCAAAAUCAACAACAGUUUCCUGCGCGACCACAGCUAUGCGACCGAAGCUGACAUUAUCUCUACGGUAGAAUUCAACCACACGGGAGAAUUACUAGCGACAGGGGACAAGGGGGGUCGGGUUGUAAUAUUUCAACGGGAGCAGGAGAGUAAAAAUCAGGUUCAUCGUAGGGGUGAAUACAAUGUUUACAGCACAUUCCAGAGCCAUGAACCCGAGUUCGAUUACCUGAAGAGUUUAGAAAUAGAAGAAAAAAUCAAUAAAAUAAGAUGGCUCCCUCAGCAGAAUGCAGCCUACUUCCUUCUGUCUACUAAUGAUAAAACUGUGAAGCUGUGGAAAGUCAGCGAGCGUGAUAAGAGGCCAGAAGGUUACAAUCUGAAAGAUGAGGAGGGCCGGCUCCGGGAUCCUGCCACCAUCACGACCUUGAGGGUGCCUGUCCUGAGACCCAUGGACUUGAUGGUGGAGGCCACCCCGCGAAGAGUAUUUGCCAACGCACACACAUAUCACAUCAACUCUAUAUCAGUCAACAGCGACUACGAAACCUACAUGUCAGCUGAUGACCUGAGGAUUAACCUAUGGAACUUUGAAAUAACCAAUCAAAGUUUUAAUAUCGUUGACAUUAAGCCGGCCAACAUGGAGGAGCUCACGGAGGUGAUCACAGCAGCUGAGUUCCACCCGCAUCACUGCAACAGCUUCGUGUACAGCAGCAGCAAAGGGACAAUCCGGCUGUGUGACAUGAGGGCGUCGGCCUUGUGUGACAGGCACAGCAAAUUUUUUGAAGAGCCCGAAGAUCCAAGCAACAGAUCGUUUUUCUCUGAAAUUAUCUCUUCAAUUUCGGAUGUGAAGUUCAGCCACAGUGGGAGGUAUAUCAUGACCAGAGACUAUCUGACCGUUAAAGUCUGGGAUCUCAACAUGGAAAAUCGUCCCAUUGAGACUUACCAGGUUCAUGACUACCUCCGCAGCAAGUUGUGCUCCCUCUACGAAAACGACUGCAUUUUUGAUAAAUUUGAGUGUGUGUGGAAUGGGUCAGACAGUGUCAUCAUGACAGGCUCUUACAACAACUUCUUCAGAAUGUUUGACAGGAACACCAAGCGUGAUGUCACCCUGGAGGCCUCGAGGGAAAACAGCAAACCUCGGGCUAUCCUAAAACCACGGAAAGUGUGCGUGGGGGGCAAGCGGAGAAAAGAUGAGAUCAGUGUCGACAGUCUGGACUUUAGCAAAAAGAUCUUGCAUACAGCUUGGCAUCCUUCAGAAAAUAUUAUAGCAGUGGCGGCUACAAAUAACCUAUAUAUAUUCCAGGACAAGGUUAACUAGGAGGACAAGUUAUUACUUAAUAAUCUCACAUACUGAAUACUAGUCAGACAUGUUUUUAAAUGUUUCUUUGGGUCUUCAUUUGAUGCAUUGACAUUAAUUUCCCUAUGCAGAAAACAAUUGGAAUAGAAUUAAAAGGAGUCCAACUUUCCCAGAUUCCCAGUUCUAAGAAACUUUUGUCAAACCCAAUAGGUUCUGAGACACUUCUGUUUAGAAUUGAGAGCUGCCAGCUAACACUAAUUCUCCAUAGUUGACUUGAAUUUCUGAUGCUUUUAUUGCCCAGUUUUCUCUGGUGGGUCCAGUGUUUUGUUUCUAGGUGUCUGCUGAGAUAAAAUGAGGUUGUCUGUAGUAUUUAAAGAGAAAAGAGAUAAGUUUUUUUUUUAAUUAAGCAAUUCCAUUUGAUUGAAAAAAUCAACAAAAAAAAUAAACACCGUUUACUCUUAGAGAAUUUCUCCUUUUUUUUUUUUUUUUUGGUGAAAAAAAAAU